GCGUCGCUGGUGUAGGUGGGUGAAGAAGGAGCGGGCCCUCGCCGCCCUGUCUUAGUUCCUCGCGCUCUCUUGGGCAACAUGGCGGGUGUGGAGGAGGCAGCGUCCUGCGGGAGCCACCUGAAUGGCGACUUGGAUCCAGACGACAGGGAGGAGGGAGCUGCCUUUACGGCUGAGGAGGCGGCCAAGAAAAAAAGACGGAAGAAGAAGAAGAGUAAAGGAGCUGCCACAGAGCAACAGGAACCUGAUAAAGAAUUAGGAGCCUCGGUUGAUGAGGUAGCAAGACAGUUGGAAAGACAAGCAUUGGAAGAGAAAGAAAGAGUUGAUGACGAUGAAGAUGGAGAUGGUGAUGGAGAUGCAGCAACUGGAAAGAAGAAGAAAAAGAAGAAGAAGAAGAGAGGACCAAAAGUUCAAACAGACCCUCCCUCAGUUCCAAUAUGUGACCUGUAUCCUAAUGGUGUAUUUCCCAAAGGACAAGAAUGCGAGUACCCACCCACACAAGAUGGGCGAACAGCUGCUUGGAGAACUACAAGUGAAGAAAAGAAAGCAUUAGAUCAAGCUAGUGAAGAGAUUUGGAACGAUUUUCGAGAAGCUGCAGAAGCACAUCGACAAGUUAGAAAAUAUGUCAUGAGCUGGAUCAAGCCUGGGAUGACAAUGAUAGAAAUCUGUGAAAAGUUGGAAGACUGUUCACGGAAGUUAAUAAAAGAGAAUGGAUUAAAUGCAGGCCUGGCAUUUCCUACUGGGUGUUCUCUGAAUAACUGUGCUGCCCAUUAUACUCCCAAUGCUGGUGACACAACAGUAUUACAGUAUGAUGACAUCUGUAAGAUAGACUUUGGAACACAUAUAAGUGGUAGGAUUAUUGACUGCGCUUUUACUGUCACUUUUAAUCCCAAAUAUGAUACAUUAUUAAAAGCUGUAAAAGAUGCCACUAACACUGGAAUAAAGUGUGCUGGAAUCGAUGUCCGUCUAUGUGAUGUUGGUGAGGCCAUCCAAGAAGUUAUGGAAUCCUACGAAGUUGAAAUAGAUGGGAAGACAUAUCAAGUGAAACCAAUCCGUAAUCUAAAUGGCCAUUCAAUUGGACCAUAUAGAAUACAUGCUGGGAAAACCGUGCCCAUUGUGAAAGGAGGAGAGGCAACAAGAAUGGAGGAAGGAGAAGUAUAUGCCAUUGAAACCUUUGGUAGCACAGGAAAAGGCGUGGUUCAUGACGAUAUGGAAUGUUCACAUUACAUGAAAAAUUUUGAUGUUGGACACGUGCCAAUAAGGCUUCCAAGAACAAAACACUUGUUAAAUGUCAUCAAUGAAAACUUUGGCACCCUUGCCUUCUGCCGCAGAUGGCUGGAUCGUUUGGGAGAAAGUAAAUACUUGAUGGCUCUGAAGAAUCUGUGUGACUUGGGUAUUGUAGAUCCAUAUCCACCAUUAUGUGACAUUAAAGGAUCAUAUACAGCGCAGUUUGAACAUACCAUACUUUUGCGUCCAACAUGUAAAGAAGUUGUCAGCAGAGGAGAUGACUAUUAAACUUAGUCCAGAGCCACCGCAACACCUUUUAUUUUCUAAGCUUUGUUGGAACACAUUAUACCAGAAUUAAUUUGCAACCUGUUGUCUUUAACAGUGGACCUAUGUAAUACUUUUAUCCAUGUUUAAAAAGGAAGGAAUUUGAUCAAAGGCAAACCAUUUAAUGUAAUUAACCAAGGAAAAAGCUUUCAGGACUUUGAACUGUUAACUGUUUUCCUUCUGUCUAGGAAAUGCUAUAAAGCUCCAAUUAAUUAGGAAUGACCUAAUACAUUUUGUUUCAAACACCUAAGAGAUGCUUUUCAGAUAUUUAUAUUGCCAUAUUCUUAAUUGAAUGCUUUGAAUGACUACAUCCAGUUCUGCACCUAUACCCUCUGGUAUUGCUUUUUAACCUUCCUGGAAUCCAUUUUCUAAAAAAUAAAGACAUUUUCAGAUCUGAGAGCUAUAUUUCAAUGUCUGUGGUUAUAAUUCUGUACAGGAAAUAGUUUAGCUUAAUGUAGGAAAAUGUAGAGCCUUUUAUCUGGAUUGUAGACCUCCACACUGAAAGUUUUCUUCUGACGUAGUGGCUAAAACAAGAUCUAUACAUGCAUAAAGUGGGAGGAGAAUCUUCAUAAAUUAAUAUACAGCUUUAGGCAUAUUUUACCUUUAUUUUCUUUUUAGGACCAUAUUAGUCCUCGUCUCUCAUUUUUCUCCUGACAUUGGAAAGAUCUAAUUAAAACAUAUUAGUAGGAACAUUGUACCAACUUAAAACCUUGAUUUACUAAAAUCUCAACCUUUAGAUCCUUUGUCCAGUGGUAGUUAUUUAUUGAGAAAUGUAUUCAGCUUAGUAAGUGAAAAGGGCGCUUAAAACCACACAAAUAAAAACAGGAGUACUUCCCAUGUUUGGAUCUUGUUCUAGUUAAUUUUUAGGCUUUUUCAUUAGUGAACCAAAUUCUCUUAACACCCUGCCCCUGUACUGGCUUGAAUUCAUAAUAACAUGGGCGGUAUUUCAGGAAGUGAGGUUACAAUGAUGCUCAUAGCAGCUAAGUGCAGAAGUUAAAUGUGAGAUGCCUAAUACUUGUUUGAACUGAGCCCCACAGUUCUUGAGCAGAUUGCUUGAAUUUCGUGUAAAUGAUUCGUUGGGAAUGUUCCCACGUAAUUUCAAAAUUGUUAUGUACCAGGGUAAAGCCUUAAUUUGUAUAUGCUUUAGCACAAUAAGAUUGCCUCUGGGAUGCUGUUUAGUUUGUAUUUUGUUUAACAUUUUUCUCCUAAGAAACCUGACUUCUGUACUAAAUCAUUUAUUAUACAUUAAAAAGUUGCUCUUUCAGAUUAGAGCUAUAAAUGUUAUCUUGUGGGAUAAACAGUAUAGUUUUUAGCUAUAUGAGCCAUGUUUAUUAUGGUGCUAAUGUUCAAUAGCUACCUUUGAAUAAUCUCUCCAUUUCCUCUGAUGAUGUGCAAGUAGCAGAGCUCACCAGUUCACGCCUGGACAUGUUACAGGGCUUGCGCCCUCCAGCUAGCUCUUUUGGGGCUUUGAGUCCAUACCUUUCUGAUGUGCUUUGGUGGGAGGUAUAAAGUAUCUUGAUUUCUAAACCCAAGAACUUUCGAAUUGAGUCAAGAAUUUGUAGCUUUGUAAAACCUCUUCAGCAGUAGUGAUCUCAAACCAAUUAUAAGCUUGAAGCUCCCUUCCCAAGUUGGGAGCAGUGGCAUCACUGCAUGCCCCGGAAUGGCAAGGGAUAUGAUCUUGUAAAUAGGAAAGCUGUUACUUAAAAAUUGUAUUGUUCACCUACUAGCCAUGUAUCUCUUGAAAUCAUUUUGUCAUGUUUACAAUGAUGUACCUUAUUGGUAACAAAUUAUUAGCUUGAUGUUUAACAAUAGUGCCUUUAGUAAAUUAUUUUACAACCAAAACACGUUGUUUUUUGUUAGAUCAACUUAGAAUGUGUAAGUCCACAAGGAGAUGUACUGUAAGAAAUCUAAGUUUCUGUUCAUUGACUAGGUUUUAGUUUUGUUAUUUUAAUAGCCUUCAUUUUUUUAGAUCAGUUUUAGGUUUGUAGCAAAACUGAGCAUAAAGUACAGAGUUCCCAUGUACCCCCUUCCUCGACUUCAGAAACACAGAGCCUCCCCAUAGGUUUUAGUUUUAAGGAUUUAAAAAGUAAAGGGCUAAGUCACUUACUACUUUCUCGUAUGUAUUUACAUUGAAGUAAGUACUGAAACAAGCAACUAUACCAUUGUAAACAACAUAGCUUCCAGAGUUGUUUUUAACUGUUCCACUAAAAUUAGGUACUAAAAGGUGUAGCAGUUUAAGUAUAAAGUAAUCCUUGACAUUAAGAAACGCUAGACUCAGGUAUCUUGACCACAGUAAAUCUUUAAUGAGGUAUAAUAAUGUUAACAGUUGAGGUAACAACUUGCAUAGGUAUUUAAUAGAUGAAUGAUUUUAAACCUUAGCCAUUUAAUACUCGAGCUGUAGUUUUGGCAUGAAUGAUUUGUUCAGUGAUAAAUUCUCAUUGCACUUCACGAUCAGCUGCCUGAAAUGAUUUCAACCUGCAAGCAAAACCCACUUGAGAAAAAAGAUAAAUCAUCUUCCAGUGGUUAACACUUAGCUAAGAUAUUACAUAGCUCUUCUAUAGAGGUUAAUGGAUUCUCAUCUUUCUGAAUAAAAUUAAAUUAGCAGCUGUAGGACUUUAAAGAGAUCUAAUAAGGUUGUUAGGGAAGAGCAAAGAGUAUUACAUACUAUAUUUUUAAUAAAAUGCAAGUGUAAUUUUUUUUAAUUUUAAAAAAGGGCCCAGUGUUUGAAUAUCUAAGAGGCUCUUAGUAUUCACAUAAUCCUAGCAAGAGUAACUUAAUCCAGGCUUUAGUUAUUUAGAAAAAUGAGAUACUGAAUAUUUUGCCCAGAUGCCAAUAUCUUGUGUGUCCUAUGCAAUUUUUUCUCCUCGACUUAUUUUUAUCCCUUUAAACUAAAAAUUUCAAGAUACAAUAUAGUACAAAGCUUUAAGAGAUCUAAUGUUAAAUAUAUAAAAUGAACUCAUAUCCAAGUUGAAUUGUACUUGUAUUAUAUCAUAAUAUACUGUUUGCUACAUUCAGUUUUUUUAUGACUGCUUUAUUAGAAUCUGGACAAACCUAUUUACUGCCAGACAAUCAUUAUAAAUCUUGGCCAGCAUUGUUUUCAUGUCCAUAGUACUGAAGUCAUUUAAACAUGCUAUUUAUAAAGCUGUCAUCUUCAUUUGUAUACAGUUUGACUAUGCCAAAUAAAGAACAAUUAUUAAAACUUAAUAAAUUUUUGAAAAAAGGAAGUUCCAAUAACCAAAAUAAUGUCUGUUCUGAGCCCUGUAACACACAAAGCCUCAGGAAUAUUAAUGAGUGUGAUCAGUGAGUAUUUAAGUGGUACCUUGAUAUUUCACUUUGUAGUAGUUUAACUCCCUUUAGAGGGCAAAGGUGACUUCAGUAUACAAAUCUGAAAGAAAUGCCUUUUUUUUUUUUUUGGUAAGACUAUUAGUGAAAAAAGUGUAAUAUUCUGUCUGAUAAGAAUUUGUAUAGAAAAUAGCUAUAAAAGAUAAAUAAGAAAUGUAUAAAAUGAUGCCACCUGAACUUCUUCAGUAGAAGAUUGCACAAAUUCAUGAUCUGAGCCAAUUAAGACAUCGAAAUAUAAAAGAGGUAACACCAGUCUGAGGUAAACACUAAAAGUUUAAAACUCCCAAGUACUUGAAAAACGUUUAGUUACCUGCUGACAUUGAUACACAUAUACUUACGCUAACUUCCUCUGUAAAAAAGAGAUUUGUUGUAGUUAGAUACAAAAUAUGUAAACAUAGUGUGCACUGAUUAGUAAGUAAAAAUAAAAACAAUGAAGCUCAAAAUUAAGUCAGCCCUUUAAAAAGUAUAUAUACAAAUCACAAGAAGAAAGCCCCACUGUCUUUGGAUCAGCUAAGGAUUUCAUUAGAAGAGGCAUCAGCUUCUUCACUGGGAUGUUGGCUACCAGACAGGAGUUCUGGAGGCAAGAGUUUAGAAUGUCCAUUCUCAGUAACUCGCUGGGUAUAAAACAAGAUAUAAGCUUGGGCCUUGCAUACUUCAUCCAUAGUGCACAUGCUUAGCUUGGAAUCAUUGCAGUGUACCCAGAACCCUAGAGUGAAGCACAGAAAUACAUCUUAAUGUUUACAAAGGAACUUUAGAAGUUUCUAGUAUAAAUGAAAACAUGGAUUUAAAGACAGUUUCAGUGAGAGCUAAGCUUUUUUCAAAGGGAAAAUAAUAGUCUAGCCAAUUUAUUUCUUUUAAUUAGAAAUACAGCUUGGGCAGUAUGUUACUCUGGAAUUAUCUACCUUUAUCCUAGAAGUAAUUUGAAGUUACAGAAUCUGACCGAUUGGUUCACUUGACACUAGCUUUAAUUCCUGGUAUAAUCUUACCAGUUCAUGCUUUGCUGGUAAUUAUACUGUAAAGCAAAUAGUGUACAACUCAUGGUAGUGUUAAAUUAAUUGCCUUCAUGGGUUAUUUGGGGCCUUUUGUCCAUACCUCUUUUUUCUAAGGUUCAUGGAGGCAUUAAGUAAAAGUUUUAUAUGUUAGAACUUGAACUCAAAAGUUUGUUCCAAAUAUCUGUGAUCUGCCAGUUCGUUAGAUGCUUUGUUCUUUAACGAAAGUAACUGAAUUAAACCAGUUAAAACAGAGGAUCUACUUUUGGAGUGUGCCUUUAGUUUAAUUU